AUGCGGGCCUUGAGUCUUCUACUCUGUUUCUUCUCCAUUUUAGGUUGUCUCCUCGCCGCUAACGUCACUUCCGUCAGUCAACCUGCAGCCGGGAAAGCCUAUUACAAAGUCUUCCCCAAAGACGACAUCGAUAUCACUAAGACAAGCGAUUUUAUCAAGGGAGUCGUCGGAGCAGAAGAUCUAUUGCCUUGGACGGAUGUCAAGGAUAAAUUGAUGCAUUGGACUGUGGAGGCCUCGAUGGAGGAAGUCGAGGUGUUGAAAGGUGAUGAGGGUGUUGCGAGGGUUGAGGUGUUUGUGCCUCCGACAGCGCCAGUGAGCGCACGAAGUGCUGAAGACAGCUCACCCGAAGAUGAUGAAGCUGCGAAAAGCUACCUUAUUACCCCUACUGACGGGAGAUUUCCUCGGGCGGUCGAAGAGACUCGGCAGUCUCUGGAGAACUUGGUGGGAAAAGAUAAGGUGCAUCAAUACGGUGGUCAGAGUGGAUCUGCCAUAUGGUGGUACUGCAACUUGACUAUUUCUCAGAAGAAUGAUGCUGUUAAGAUUUCCGGAGUUAAGAAUAUUUAUGAAGAGACCGGCGAUGAAGCACAACAACUUCCAGGCAGUCAUAGAACACGCGAUAUCGCGCUAUCUCUCAAAAGAGACGAGUCACUAGAAAUUUAUUUGGUUUUUCCGGGGAAAAAAGGCAGCACUGAGGAAGAGACAGUCGAAGCCGUCAAAUUCCUUCAAGAACUUGUCGGUGAAGAGAAUGUCAGCCGACCCCUUCUCAGUGGCAAUGCAGUUGUUUUUUGGCAAUGUAAUUUGACACCCACACAAGGCGACGAAGCAUCCAAACAUCCUGGCAUUCGCGCAGUAGAGAGAAGUCCGAAGAUGGAAAAGUUUCUCCGUAUUCCUGCUCGUGAUACCUCUUCUCUCCCCUCAGUGGUAGCGAAAGCUCGGCCGUCACAAGUGAAGAGAGCUCUCAGCUACUCGACGCAAGUGAGGGCAGUCAACGAGCUGAUAGCUAUUAGUCAACCGAGUACUAUCCCAGACGUAACACACUUAAGUAACUACGUAUAUGAUAGCAAAUGCGGAAGCGACAGCUUUGUAUAUCACCUGGAGUCAGGAGUUGCAUAUAAGGAUCAAGCUAGCGAAUUUCCAAACGUAGUACCUGACAACGAGCACAUACAGACAUCUUCAGCGAAAGCUAUACCGAAUUUGCAUCCUUGGAUCGACACGGAUCAGCUGAGUCACUCGACUUGCACUGCUGGUAAAGCUGUGGGUAAAAACUUUGGGGCAUCUAAAAACGCUAAGCUUGUUGUCGUGCAGUUAGGUUCAGAGGUGUUUUCCGACUUUUUUGAAGCUCUAGGGUUGAUUAUUGAAGACAUUAAAUCUAAACCAGAAAGAAAGAAAAAGAGCGUUGUCUCUGUGUCGUUUGGAUUUCGCCAUGUCUUAGCUGACCAUGGGCAACAAGCGGUGGACGCACUCCAGGAGCGUCUUCAGAAACUUUUUGAUGUCGAUGUCCCGCUAUUUGCCGCGUCUGGCAAUGACGCUAUCAAACGAAACAAGAUCGACAUUGACUCGCAUCCGGCAUUGUUGGCCACACCCGAAUUCCCUCUGAUUACAGUUGGUUCUGCCGAGUUUGACGGCUUACCCUCAGGGCUUACACAGAGAGGACCACAUCUGACACUCUACGCAGUGGGAUCAGACGCAACUUGUAUGGGUAAGACGGGCAAUAGUCCCCUUACUGGGAAGGCCGGCACAUCUCUUGCUGCACCACUCAUUGCAGGCAUUGUAGCAAAUUUUCUAUCUUACGAUACUGUUCCGUUUGACACUAGUGACGGCAAUCUUGUCAAGAAUCUGAGAGAUUAUCUUCAAUCAGAUCAAGGAAGCUGGGCAAGACUUGAUGGAACAGAUGUUGUCUGGAAUGGGGUGACAGAAGCAGACAACCCGGAAUUUGGUUUACCACCUCCUGUACCACCCCCGCCAGGACCAGCACCAACUGCUCCGCUUCCCCCUCCGCCAGGUCCACCACCAACAACAGGACUUCCACCGCCGCCAGGUGCAACUUCAGCACCAGUGAAAACAUGUAAUGGAGUAGCAACAAACAAGUAUGUUUCUCGAGAUAGCCUUCUAAAGAAUGUCCAGUCCGACUUCUGUCCCGAAGUCGUAAAACAAGGUGGUAAUGACCCAGGAUCCGGAUCAAUUGGCCGCGUUUACAACCCCGAUACCAUCGAGCAAGUCUCCAUCUACCUAGACCUCCCCCCAGGAACUCCAGUCCCAACAAAAGAAGAAUGCGAAGCGCACUUCAUGGACCUGAUCGACAACUGCGACGGAAACGACGCCAACAACCCUAUGAACUACAAAGCAGGAGGCCUCGUCACCGUCGGAACCAACAAGUAUCACAUUACGCCUGAAAAGCCACGUCAACCUGCUUCUGCUGGCGUGAAAGGCGAUUGCGAUAGUACCUACAAAGUCUACUUUAAUGAUUAUGUGGUUUGGGGACACGGAUGGGAUAGUGCGGAUAAUGGCGAGACUCUUAAGCAACAGGUCAAAGGUUGCGCUUUAUUGCCUGAUACUUGGAGUUUUGCCUAUGGGUUGGGUGAUGAUGGGAGAGAGUGGACGGCUAAGUUUCGUACGGGAGUCUUUCAGAAGAAGUGUGUUGGGCACGCGGGGAAAACUGCUAGUGGGAUGGAGGAUUUUGGGUGUAGUGGCUCGGGUUAG